AUGAAUUUUACAGCACAUUUUGGAGACCAAGACGUGAGGAAUGACAAUGGACUUUCAUCACCUGAACCUGAGAGAAGCGGGUGUACAGAGGGCCAAAGGAAGCGCAAAAGAACCAUCUUCAGCCACGCACAAUUGUCUGAGUUGGAACAAGCUUUCGCGCUGACGCCGUACCCAGACAUCACUCUCCGUGAACGCUUGGCCGCACAUACGCAUCUACCUGAAAGCAAGAUACAGGUGUGGUUCCAAAACAGACGGGCAAGAAGUAUCAAGAGUGGAAGACUCACCAAAUCAACUAAGCCUACUUCUGGAAGAGGAGGUGCAACAUGCCAACCUCUCCCAGUGGUUCCCUCCCCUGGUCCCUCCUUCACUCCAACCACAAUGGGGGAGGUGUUCCGACCAGACCAGAUUCAGUGUGACGAUGGUCAGCAGUUCUACUCCGACUGGAUCCGUCUCUACAGCAACCCUGUCUCUCAUCAGCCUACACCCGUCUCCCCAAACCUGGCAGAAUCCCUACUGUGGGAGGAAGACCGCCGAUCUCACCUGGGAUCUCUUGCUACUACCACUGCACCCAUUGGAAGGCAAGCACACGCCACGCGGCCAUACCGGGAUGGGUUCAACCAGCCCUGUGUGGGCACCUCAGGGUAUAGGAACUUUAAUCUACAGACUCUAGCUGUCUCACAGGAAAGAUAUAGUCAUCAAACCUCAGUGGACCAGGUUGUCACCUCCCAUCCACAGCAGAUGUAUUGGGAUGUGACUCAAGGACAGGGUCAUCAUCCUCAGGUGGGCCCCCAGACCUCCAUCGGAUACAUCUCAGACCUGAUCUAUAAUGCUGCUAUUGUCACCAACUUCCUGGAGUUCUGA